AGACCUGGUUUCUGUAUCGAAUAGGAUAAUCAAUUUCGGCAUCCCUUGAGGCAUAUGUAAAGUGCAAUUAGCAAGCUAUUGUUUUGAUUGACAUGACGAAUGUAAGCAGUUUUUAAAUGAGUUGUAUAAUCUUUUGCGUGGAUCUUCAUAGCAGUUAAAAAAUAUAUGAUAGCUCGUUAACAGUUUUAUUAGUUGAAGCGAUGCGAUACGUAUGAUUUUAAAGAUAUGAACAUUUAAUAAUAACACGAAGAAAAUGGAGAAUGCAGCCUACGAACUGACGGAGCAAAACGGUCAAACAAAAGAGCAUGGCACAAAUAUUUCUACUCAAGACAGUAUACAGUUAAAAAUAAAUUAUAAAGAAGAAGCAGUAUAUAGAGAAAGUGCAAAAAGAGUAAAAGGAAGACGUUUGCAGGGCGAAAAAACGAAAAGUGGCUUAACACGUGCGCAGAUAAUUCGAGUUGUCAUCACUAUAUUCGUUUGUGUAGCAGUAUUAGUAAUAAUAGGAAGUGUUCUUUAUAAAUAUUAUAUCUCAGUAGAAGAUGAAGUUGCUGUAAUUCCGCCCCCAAGAAAUGCUUUAGAGCUUCAAAAAUACGGACCAGCGAAUGGUGACAAAAGUUUAAACAACAAUACAAACAUUGUAGAAGUUAUACUGCGGCAAAAAAUUCCAUUGUUUUCAACACUUGGCAGCACUGUUUAUAUCAGUCGACAUGGCUUUAUAUCGUUGAAAAAAGACAAUGAUAAGGUUGCAAACUUGUCAAAGAACGAUACUAUUCUGGCUGUCUAUUCAUCAGAAAUGUCUCAUAGUGGAGAAGUAUACUACAGAGAAAUCCUAGAUGAUAAAGAUUUGCGAGAAGUCACGAAAGAUCUUAUUAAUAUUUCCUCUGCAUACAAUCCUAUCCAAGCAUUAUUAAUAACAUAUGCAAAUGUUAGCUUUGUGACAAACGCGAAAAAGAAACAAACUUUCCAAGUUGUUUUGACUUCUGAUGGAAAUAACACUUACGCCAUUUUAUAUUACAAACAGUUAGAUACUAUUACAGAUGCCGUUGCAGGAUUCUUUGAACAAGAUUGCAACAAGAUGAAUUUUGCAACGAAAGAUCAAGAUUUAUCACAAACAUCAAAUACUGGCAAAGCAGGAGCACACAUUUACUUACUAACAAAUUACACAUGUAUGAACGAACACAUCACAACGUGUGAAAUGAAAGCAUGUCCAAGACAUUUGGAGUGUUCGAUGAAAACCCCGAAUGAACCAUAUUGUGAUUGCAUUACGACGUGUGAAAAUCAAACAUCAAAAAUUUGUGCAUCGGAUCAACACGAAUAUGAUAGCUUGUGUAAGAUGCAUCAAGCGUUUUGUUUGAAAUAUGGACCUCUUGUCUCUUUGAAUGUGACAAGGCUAUAUCAUGGUGAAUGCAAAGGAGUUUUCCCUUAUGGUCUUGAUCACGGUGAUGCAAUAGCAAAUGGUAAUAUAGCAUUAUUACACCUGUCAAAUCAAAUGCCUUUGUUUUCGUCAUCUUUGGAAAGAGCAAUAUAUAUAUACAAAGAUGGUUAUAUCACUGUUUUCCCGAACUCUACUCAGCCAGUACGCAUCCCUAACACAAAAGCAGUUAUAACACCUUAUAUGUUCUCUACACAUACAAGAACUAAAAGAAGCUUAAAAUCUAACUCUAACAAUGAUUUGGUUAACACUGGCAAGAUUUUUUACAGGCAAACCAAUGACAGUAACAUUUUGCAAAUUGCAACUAGUUUUAUUAAUGAAUCUAUCAAUGAAAUAGUUAAUAUCAGCGCUGCUGUCAUUGUGACAUUUGUUGACAUUCCAUCACCUACAAACCAUUCCCUGAAACAUACAUACCAGGUUUUUAUAGCAUCUAAUUUACAACAAACAUUUUUGAUUUUAAAUUACCUGAAUCUUGACAGUAAUGGUGCUCUCUCAGGCUACUAUUCUACACAAUGUAAUUACAAGUCUCUGGUUACAGAAAAUACAACUGCGAGGCUAGUUAACAUGUCAAACAUUCAAAGAAAGGGAUUCUUUCUUUUUCAAUUGAAUAAACCUGAAAUUGAUUGUCCAAAACACUUGCAAUGUCAACUGAAUGCACGGGAAACUAUGUUCUGUGGAUGCAAAACAUGUAGCGAAGAAAACUAUGAUGUAUUUUGUGGCACAGAUGGAAAAUCGUAUGCAAAUCAUUGCACAUUAGAUAAGAUGUUUUGUGAAAACUAUGGAAACAAAUCAACGGCAAAUGUGACUAAAGCAUACAGUGGCAAUUGCUCAGUUAUGUAUCCAUUUGGAUUAGAUGUCGGUCAUAAAGAACUUCCACUUGGUGUGCAGUACAUCGAGAUGACGAAGCCUAUGGUUUUAUUCUCUCAGCCAGCCAACAAACUACUGGUAAACGCAAAGAUUCCUUUUCUAACUCCAUACGCAGGAGAUACCCAACUUGGAAAGAUUUAUGUAUCAUCUAACGAAUACAUUCCCUUCUUAACUAAAAUUUACUACAUGGAGUCAUUUGAUAAAAAUUGGUUACAAAGAGCAUCGCACGACAUAUCAGAGCACAUAAAGUAUAAUUUCACAGCAUCUCAUGUCAUUGUAAUAACGUAUGCAGUUGUACUUGAUGAACUAUCUAACAGAUCCAUCGCUCAAGUUGUUUUAGCAUCAAACGGUAAAAAAUCAUAUACAAUGUUCAAUUACAAGGUGUUACAGGAAGAGUCUUUCUUUCAUGGUAUCUUCACAAAUCAUGCUAUUGAUUCGUGCCUAUUUAAAAGUAGAGGAUUUGUAUCUGGUUUAAAUGCUUUAAAUGAAUCCAACACUAAUGUAAAUGGAAGAUACAUAUAUCUUAUUUCACCGUUCGACAUCUUAUGUCCAUCAUAUACUCGAUGUUCUAUUUCAUUUAUUGAAGACCCAGCGGGUAGUUUUGAAUGCCGUUGCAAGAGGAUAUGUCAACAUUUGCAACCUGUAUGCGGAAAUGACGGUGUAACGUAUGAAAGCAAAUGUCAUUUAGAGAAAAUCUUUUGCGAGCGGUAUGGGAUUAACAACGAAAUAAAUAUCACAGUUGCUUACAGCGGACCAUGCAAUGUUUUCUAUCCCUUCGGAAGUAAUUACGGUGAUAGUAGAUUAUUAUCAAAUGAAUCUGAAACGACUUUUUUGCUGUCAAGGCCAAUGUUGCUGUUUACAAAUAUUCGGAACAUGAUUGUGAUCUCAAGAGAUGGUAUGGUAAGAACGGAUGCCGACUUGGACAAGCAGAAUCCACCAACAGCAUCUAUCGACAUACUUUCAAUAAGUAGAUCGUUUAAAGAAGUGUUAUACAGAGAAAUAUUCAAUAUUUCCAUUUUACAAAAAGCAUCAAAUGAUAUUAUGAAGGUUAUGCAAACAGAUUUCAGUGCAACACAAGGCAUUAUUGUGACAUUUCAGGGUGCAUUUAAUACUUCCCAAAACAAGCAUCAGUUUGUUAUUGUUUCAGAUAACAAAACAACAUAUUCAAUAUUUAACUCUGAAGGCAACACUACGUUUGUAUAUUUAGAAACUGAUUGUAAUUCUAAAUAUUUAACCGUAGAACCAAAUAGUCCAAAAAUUCAUAAGUUAUCCAACUAUGAGUAUUUGGUGCAGUGCCCAUCACAUUUAGCAUGUUUCAGAUUUGACAACAAGUCCAAUUGUGAUUGCAGAUAUUGUCUCACAGGCAAGACAAUGCCUGUUUGUGGAACAGAUGGUAAAACGUACUCAAGCAAAUGUGAACUUGAUUCUGAAAGUUGUUACAAGUUUGGUCCGUCCAACACAUCGCACGUGCAGGUUGCAUAUAGUGGAAAUUGCAGUGAGUUACAAAGCUUUGGUUUAGCACAUGGAGACCAAGAAUUCAACAUGUCAACUGAUAUCACACAAUUCACACUACAUAAAGAAAUUCCAUUGUUUUCUUCUCCCGGAAAAACUGUUUACAUCAGCCGACACGGGUUUAUAUCAACGGUGGAAAACAAAAAUAAAAUUGCUAAUCUGUCGAAAGGUGGAAUUAUUCUCGCUCCUUACUCAAUGGAAAUGUCACAGGCGGGAAAGAUAUACUAUCGAGAAAUUACAGCAAAAAAUAAAUUAGCAGGAAUCGCAGAAUUAGUUAGUUCCUAUAUCGCUACAUCCUUUGAUCCGGUACAAGCAUUAAUUGUCACAUAUGUUAAUAUGACAUCUGUCAUGGACGCAACAAGGAAGCAAACAUUCCAAGUUGUUCUGACUUCUGAUGGUAACUUGACUUAUGGCAUAUUUAAUUACAAAGAGCUGAAUGCGGACAAUGCCACAGUAGGAUUUUAUGAACGAGACUGUAAUCAAGAACGUUUUGUGGCUGCAGAGAAAAGCAGAACGUUGCUAAAUAAUUCAAAUGGUAAAAUAAACGGAACCUAUGUCUAUGUAUUGACGAAUUACAAAUGUGAGAAUAAAAGUUUGUGUGAUACAAUCAGCUGUCCUAAACAUUUAGAAUGUCAGGUAUUAAAUAGAAAACCGUUUUGUCGAUGCAUUAAAAGUUGCAUCAAUGGCACAUCCAGCGAGGUUUGUUCUUCAGAGUAUGUAACUUACUCCAAUGAAUGUGUUAUGAAUCAAUCGUUGUGCAAUGCUUAUGGAUAUGAACGACCAUGGAAUGUCACAUUGCUUCAUCGCGGUAUCUGCAGAGUUUUCUACGAAUAUGGAAUAGAAAAUGGUGACAAAAAACUACUGCAAAAUGAGAGCAGCAGUAUUCUGAUCCUGAAAAGAAAGAUGUUAUUUUUUACAAACCAUAGACGUGAUAGGCUUGUGAUAUCCAGAACUGGCUUGGUUGGAGCACCUGAAGACUAUACAGUGUCUAAUUAUAUUAAAGUAUUUUAUCAGUCCAAAUAUGAAGAGGUUCUAUAUAGGGAAACUUUUAGUUCCGCAAUUUUGCAAAAAGCAUCCAACGAUGUCAAUAAAAUGAUAAAAACAGAAUUCAAUGCAUCGCAAGCAAUUAUUGUAACAUUUAAUAAUGUUUUGAACGCUACGUUAUCGGUCAACCUAUUUCAAUUCGUUAUUGUAUCAGAUAACAAAACAACAUAUCUUAUUAUUAAUUCCGCUGAAAAUGGAUUUCUUCCCUAUACUGAAACCAAUUGUAAUGCCGACUUCAUAUACUUGUUGGCAAACAGUCGAAAAGUUCUUCAAUUAUCUAAUCACGAUGUGUUGCCGUGUCCAACGCAUUUAACAUGUAAAAAAAUUAACGACAAAUCUGUUUGUGGAUGCAAGAUAUGUUACUCAUCUGCAACAAAGUAUAUUUGUGGUACAGAUGGUAAAACGUAUAAAAACCAAUGUGAACUUGAUUCUAAAAGUUGUGAGAAAUUUGGAGCAUCCAACAUUUCGCACAUCCAGACUGCAUACAAUGGAAAUUGCACCGUGACAUAUCAAUAUGGAUUGAGCGCUACGCAUCAAAAUUUGUCUCUCAAUUACAGUGAUAUCAACCUGAAAACUCCCAUACUGCUAUUUUCAGAAAAUGUAACAAGUUUAAAGAUCAACAGGUUGGAAAGAAGUGUCGAGUGUUACACUAACCAUUCUAACAAAAGUGUGGGUGCAAUAUUUGGUGCUGAUAUUUUCCCCUCAACUGUUGUUGGUGACAUCUCCUAUGAUGAAACCACCAAUCCAGAUUUGCUGCAAAGAGCGUCCUAUGAUAUUUCUAAUUUCCUAACAAAAACGUAUAGAGCCACUCAAUUGGUUGUCAUAACGUUUUCAAACAUCCAUUGGAAGGAAAACAUAGGUUUGAAGGAAAUCAAAGAAGAAUUGACUUUUCAAGUAGUUUUAAUAUCAGAUGGUCAGUCCUCGUACGCAAUGUUGAACUAUGGGAAAGUCAAAAUGAACUACACAGACCUUAUACACUUAAUAAUUGGAGCAGACAAAUGUAGUCAAAGACUCCGAGCAUUUAUGCCAGGAGAAAGCGUUUUAACUAGUACUAAUACUAACCUAAAUGGUAGCUAUGUAUACGAAGUAUCGAGUUUGAAAUUUAGCUGUCCAAACCACCUACAAUGCACGGCUGUCGACGGCCAGCAUGAUUACUCAAUUCAAAUAAUUUGUGCUUGCAAAACAGACUGUUCAGCGUAUUUGCAGCCGGUUUGUGGAACAGAUAAAGUAACGUAUAAAAGUUUAUGUCAUUUACAGAAAAGCUUUUGUGAACGGUUUGGGAACAGAAGUGAAAUCAAUAUAACAGUUUCUCAUAACGGAUCAUGCGAUAUCUUAUAUGAAUAUGGAGAAGACGCAGGAGAUAAUUCUUUUGUUGGAGACGACGAUGUAAAAGCCAUGAUUCUAAAAAGAAAAAUUCCCUUGUUUUCCACCGUUGUCCAAACGCUAUACAUUAACACCAAUGGUUUAAUAUCAACAAUAAAAGAUUCAUCUCACAGCUUAACUAUACCAUAUAACAAGCCUAUAGUGGCGGGGUACAUCGCUGACCUAUAUUCUGAUAACAAUAUUGGUAAAAUAUAUUACCGACAAACUUUUAACAGUAGCAUUUUAAGAAGGAUCAGUACCGAUGUUAAGAGGUUGAACAUAACGGAUUUUCAAGCAACGUCUGCAGUUAUUGUAACAUAUAAAAACGUGGUCAAAUUCGGGGACCGCAAUGCAACAUACACGUUUCAAAUUGUCAUUGCAUCAAAUGACGUAAAAACAUUUGGUAUAUUCAAUUACAAAAGACUGGAUCCACAAAAUGGCACUGCUGCCUUUUACGAUAGCCUUUGCAAUUAUAAAAUAUUUGCCAACCAAUCAGUUAGUCUGAGUUUGACAAAUACAUCAAACGUUGACAUUAAAGGUCGCUAUGUGUACCAGCUUAGUAGGAAAACUUUAGUAUGUCUUGAUCAUUUAACAUGUCGAUUGGAUGCAGAUUCACAAGCUUAUUGUGGAUGUUUUACAGACUGUUCUUCGUACAAAAAACAGUUGCUGUGUGGAUCUGAUCAUGUCACGUACGAUAGUGAAUGUGAACUCACAAAAACGGAAUGUGAGACAUUUGGUAAUAACACGAUUAUGAAGAACAAAGUUGCUUAUUUAGGAGAGUGCAAAGUUCUCUAUCCAUAUAAAUCAGUAUCUGGAAAUAGCAGAGGUGAAGGUGAUGAUGAUGUCUUUGCAAUAGAUUUAGAACAGCAACUUACUGUUUUUGGGCAAAAUGUUUCUAGGUUGUAUGUGAAUACAAACGGUUUUGUUACACUAACCCAGUCGCCCGGGCGUAUUACAAGCAACUACGAUAAACCAAUCAUCUACGUGUACUAUCACGACUUCGUAUCCAACGCGACUAAAGGCGGAUUGUUCAUUCGCAAUUUAAAAGAUCAAAAAUUGUUAUAUGGUAUUAGUGCUGAUAUAAAAAGAAGAACAAAAUCAGACUUCAACGCAACAACUGGUGUUAUCUUUACCUUUGAAGAUGUAUUCCGCUAUGGGAAUUUUUCAGAAGAGAAUUCAUUUCAAGUAGCAAUUGUAUCUGAUAACGUGACUACGUAUGGUGUAUUCAAUUACGCGAAAUUACAAACCAACAACUCCAGGGCAGGCUAUUAUUCCUCUGAAUGCAACCGUGAAGAGUUUAUGUCAAAGGUUAUUAGUAAAUUGCUUGCCCAAUCGUCGAAUGUUGGAAUCAUAGGUCGCCAUGUGUAUUUACUUAGUCAGACUGGCAUAUCAUGUCCAGCUCAUUUGAAGUGUCAAAAGGAUGAUAAAGGGAGAACAUUUUGCGGUUGUCAUAAACAAUGCGCUCAAACCAGCGGGACAAUGUUCUGCGGAUCUGAUCACAGGACAUACGCAAGUUCAUGCCAUCUGUGGAAAGACUACUGUGAAAAGUAUGGAAAUAACAGUGUGGUGAAUGUAACUAAAGCUCAUGAUGGCGAUUGUAAAACUCGCUAUCCUUUCGGCAAACAACACCAGGAUAAGGAGCUUUUUGGCGAUGAUAUAUCUCGGUAUUUUCAGCUGUCUAGAGAAAUUCCAUUAUUCACACAGCUAAAUAGUUAUAUUCAUAUCAACACGAAUGGAUUUCUAACGAUCACACUCAAUCCACAGUACAACGUGAGUAUACCGUACAACAAAAAUAUCUUAGCUGCAUAUGCUGUUGACUUAGACGCAAGAAAAAAUGCCGUGUUUUAUCGGGAAACAUUUAACGCUACAAUACUUUCCAGAGCUGAUGAAGAUGUUAGAAGGCUUUCUCGUAAUAAUUUCACUUCAAAACACGCCAUCAUCGUCACCUACGACAACAUACCAAUAUAUGGCACGAACUCUUCUUUGAGUAGCUUCCAAACUGUUUUAGUAACUGAUUUUAACGCAACCUAUGUCAUUCUAAAUUACUUUCGUCUGGAUGUUGCAAAUGGCACAGUCGGAUUUUACGAAAAUCUGUGUAAUUACAAGCUAUUCACUCCACCGUCGAACAGCACCCUGCUUACGGAAACGUCAAAUGUCGGCGUAAAAGGUCGGCACGUUUAUUUGUUGACAUCUUUUAAGUGUCCGCUCAAUUUAGAAUGUAAAAUUGACGAUAGUGAUCAAGAAUAUUGCGGAUGCAUAAGUAAUUGCAGUACAGUUCGGACAACCGAAGUUUGUUCCACCAAUCGAACAGAAUAUCCAUCAAGCUGUGAAUUUAACAUGGUGGCAUGUGAAUUGUAUGGCAUUCAGAAUGUGUCCAGUGUUAGUUAUCUUCACCAGGGAAAAUGCCAAGGUUUUUAUCCGUUCAAAUUCACACAUAAUGACAAAAGAUUUUAUGGAGAUGAUGAAAUUGUGUCGUUAACGUUGGGAAGACACAUUCCCUUGCUCUCACGUCCCGCGGACAGAAUUUACAUCAACAGCAACGGUUUUAUUUCCAUGAUAUCACUGUCGCGUUCAGAUUUGACAUUCCCAAUUGAAACUUCCGUUAUCACAGGAUAUGGUAUGGACUUGGACUCUACUAAAGCUUCAUCUGAAUACAUAUGGUAUCGUAAAACUGGCAACAAAGAUGUACUGAACAGAGUAAAUAAUGAUGUAAAGAGAAUAUCAGAUGACGAUUUUGCAGCAAAUAUUGCUCUUAUUGUGACUUUUGAGAAAUCUGGUGUGUAUAAUCAACCAACUAAACUUCACGACUUUCAAAUAAUACUCGCAAGCAAUGGCAACGAAACUUAUGGUAUCUUUAUCUAUGAGCGCUUGGAUUUAAAUGGAGCUGUUGCAGGAUUUUACGAAAACAAUUGCAAUUUUAAAAUGUUGUCCCCUCCCUCAAAUAGUAAGUCGUUAACUGAAACCACCAACUGUGGAGUAAAGGGAAUGCAUAUUCUUCGUUUAACAAACUUAUCUUGCUAUCAAUCGAAAGUUGGCAUUAAUUAUACAACUGUAAAUAUAUUAUUAACGGCAAAAUCAAGUGUUAGGUCGUUUCAAUGGAAAAUAGGUGAUGACAGCCCCAAUGCUGAUGUGAUUGUUGUGGAGCAUGUCAGUGGUGUUUAUGCAAGUAUCUUGUUUGGAUACAUUGAAACCUUGCGCUACCUCACGCAUGCAAAUGUCAAAGUUCUGUACAGUAGGGAAACUUCAUCUGUUGUGAAGAACCCUUUUCAUUUCCAAGUUGUUUUCGAAAAGACACCGCAAAAUGAUCAUUUCCAGUAUGGGUUGAUUCCAUUGUCACUGAGAUUUAAAUGCAUUUCUAGAAGAUUCGACAUCAAACUUGCAUCGAAACCAUCGAUAAAAGUUUCAUUUAUGACCAAUGUAGCAAAUUUUACUCAUGCAAACAUUAAAAAUACAAGUUUAUGGUUAACAAACGUAUCUGAAACUGAGUUUUCAAUAUGUUAUGUUUCAGCGGAGAAUGUUUACCUAACCAACGUUAGUUACAUAGCAAUUUCUGGUAACUCCAGCACAAAAGCAACAGAACAUGGCGCUGCUUUGUUCCAAACUAAUGAAAUGAUCAUAUGCAAGAAAAUAUAUUUCAGAUAUAUUUACACCUUGCCUCCUUCGGUAUUUACCUCGCAAGAAGGCUACGAAAACUAUGACGGUUCAAUACAAACAUGGAUCAAAACCAUACAUUCGACACAUUUUGAAUUAUGUGCCAAGAACAGAGCUUUAAGACCUUUACCACGAUUGCAUAAUAUAAGCGUAUUCUAUAUUGUCAACGGUGUUAAAGAUGCAUGCAACAACAUUACCUGUCCUAUUGGUUUAGAAUGUCGAAAAGCGACAACUGGUGCACUUUAUUGCGAUUGCAUCACGAAUUGUUCCUCAGUCGUCAAAGAAGACGUUUGUGGCACUGAUUUUAUAACUUAUAAAAGUGCAUGUGAACUUCACAAAUCCACAUGUGAGCUGUAUGGUGCUUAUAAUAAACAUGAUAUCACAAUAGCACAUCGUGGAAAAUGCAUUGUUUAUCCAAUGCAAACUGGAAAGACCAUAGUUAACAACACAGACGCGAAGAAAACAAUUUGCCAAGAUAUCGCACUAAAACCUUAUAACUUCCAUCCAACUCUUAAAGUCAGUAUUAUUCUUACACUCACUUGCAACAACACUGGCUGUGACAACAAGCUCUUUUACUGGGUUGAAAGGGUUACUAACAUUGCAUUUACGGCCUGCAUCAAGACAGCUUCUGCCAUUUCUCGGUUUGUAAUUAACUGGCUUGCUUAUCAAAGUGGUUUCAAAACAUACACUGGUGGUCGGAUCGGUACAGGAGAAAUUAAUGUUGACAACAGUUUUACUAAGUGCGUCAGAAUUCAGGAAAUGGAGGAAAGAGCAACACACACAUUAGUGGCUGUCCAACGAUUAAGUGCAAACUUGAGCAAUUUAUUUAUUUCUGCAUGGGUAAAAUACGGAAUAAACGUGGAAGUAUGCGCAAAGGAUUUUAGUGUGUCUACUGAAACGACACGAAUCCAAGUGAAUUGGAUCACUCUCCCAAAAGAAUUUUUACCAUUUCUUACCGAGCUGAGUUCAGUGUCAUAUGCUGCUGGUUUUACAGAAACCUGCAAGACAUUAUCCUACAACAGGAAUUUUCCAUCUCUACCCAAUCCAGUGAUUUUAUCUGCUGCAAUUGACCUGGCAAAAGGAGAAGUAAUGAAGAAAAUAGAUACAUGGUUGAAAGCACCCAAUGAUACCCACUUAACAGUCUGCAGAAGACCAAUAUCUCAAACGUUGAUCCCAUUCAUCGUCUUGCCUACUCUUUGUGAAGAUGGAUGGGAGUAUGCAGUCAACAAAUGUUGGAAGAAGGGAGACGGCUGUCAUAACUUCAACGAUGCCACACAGACAUGUGUCUUACAAAACAGCAGUCUAGCUGUUCCAGCCAAUAUAGCCGAAAAUUUUCUAAUAGGGCAAUAUUUUCCAAACAAUAGCAUUUGGGUAGGCUUAAAUGACAGAAAAAGUGAAGGAGACUGGGUGACGAACGAGAAUGAUACUUCAACUUAUCAAAACUGGAUGAUUGGCAAACCAGAUGGAGGUAAUCUGGAGAAUUGUGCAACAUUACGUCACGCGAAUGAUGACAGAAAAUGGGAUGAUUUGUCAUGCUCAACCUGUAACAAAUAUGUCUGUAGUAAAGAUGUUGCUUUUGAAAAGCGUGGUGGGUGCAACCACGAAUGUUUAAACGGAGGAAAGUGCACGAUACGCAAUUUCAAAACUGCGUGUUUAUGUGCUGAAGGAUUUAUGGGUAGUAAAUGUGAUCAAAGAGUUUCUGAUGUGGCUGAAUGUAAUAAUUACACAUGGCAUAACGAGACAUCAAGAAAAUUAGUUCCACACACCUUGAACCCUUCGCAAUGUGAUAAAGACAAUUUAACAAAUGGUUGGCAUAGAUUCGGUGCUGCAACCAACUCAAAACUGGCACAGCGUUGUCCUAACAGCCACAAUUAUUGCGGUGUUAUGAAUCCUGGCUGGUUGUAUGGCGACUUCCCCACUACAGACGACGGCAUCGUGGAACGAAACAUACAUUUCUUUUCAUUCUAUUGCUCAGAUGACCAUGGCAAAGUAAAAAUACGUAACUGUGGAAAUUAUUUCACCUAUAAGUUCAACGCCUUUCCCUAUUGGUCUUGUGAUUAUGGGAUAUGCAUAGCUUAAAUACCCUAUGGUCAGAGGACGCAUAUUUGUAAUAUGACAUAUGUUUUUCGUACAACACAGGGGAGUAUGUAGGAUGUUUACGAAACAAGAACAGGACUAUCUGCAACGACGUUGUCAAGGACUUUUCAUGAAAUCCCGUCAUAUGAAAAACGCGCUAAAAUUUAAUUACAAAAAAUUAAACGAAAACAUGAUAUGAAAACAAAUAUGGCUACUACGAAAAUUGCAAAAAAAUGCGAAACUGACAAAGAAACUGACAACAAGCCGUUAAAUACAAAAUUUAGAGAAAAAAAUUUUAUUCGCUUUUUCUGAGUGCUUUUAUCAGUAGUGUUUUAUUAAGCCAUUUUUACUUUAAUAAAUUUUGGACUUUUUUCCCUUGUCUCGUCCUUGUUUCGUAAGGUCGCUAAUAUAUGUUUCGGACAAGAGUGAGGAAUUGUCAUUGUGGAUUCUUUUAAGAAUGAUGUUAUCAAGAAAAGUGAAGAGAAAACACGACGUAUCUUUAAACUAAUGAAGAUGAAAAUGUCUGACACAGAACGUGAGUGAUAUGUUGUCCUUGUUGCUGAAAAGUGAUGAAAAAAAUAUAUGAGAGUAAUUUUAGGUCAUAUAAAAAAACCCUUCCUGAGAAAAAACGUUUUAAAAUUUUAUAGUGCAUAGUCGUAGCUUAUAUAUAGAUAUAUUGUUGCACUUUUUAUAUAUUUAUAUUUUAUGAAUAAAGGUAUUAAAUAAAACAAUAGUGCAUAGUCAUAAGAAUUAAGAUAUAGAAUGGAAAGUCGCAGGUAGUUUAUUGUUUAUGUUUUUGUUGCGAGAAUCUUAUUAGCACCCAGUGCUUUACCUGCACACUUUAUGGAAAAUAGAACAUUUCUGAGUUAGUUACUGGAAACAAAUGCUUUAAAACAUUUUGAAAACUGUUUUUACAAUAUGCUGACGAACAUUGCUUUUUAUACGACUGCACAGUUUCAAGAAGGGCUAAAUAUAAAGGGUUCUAUAUUUUUAAGGUCCUAUCUGAUGAGAAUACAUUUGACAAAUCGUGGAGAAAGAAACUAGUUGCUGUUGUGAUAAAAGGCGGGGAGGUUGACCAUGCUCUGAGGAAUAGGGUUGAAGAAAGUCAGAUAUAUAUCUGAAAAAGGCACUUUAGCGAAGAUAAAAGGAAUCUUAAACACUUUAGCAGAACCACAACUGUUAACCUUCCCAUUAAAAGUUUUCGUUCGUCCUCUUCAAUGUUCAAGCCUCGUGAAUCAACAUAAAUUUUGCAGAAAAGAGUUAUGGUAAAAAAAAAUGUUAACACUGAUUACUACAAGUUCUUCACAGAUUUAAUUUCGAAAACUCAUUGAAGUUAGCUGGUUGGAGUUUAGCUUUUGCUAGUGAAUGUGCUUCUUUUGCUUCUAAUGGUGAUAUCCACUCUAUACCAAAAUAUGAAAUUUAUGUUGAUAGUAAUCUUGCUUUUACUGUUUAUGUUUUAUAAGGGUCUGUUAAAAACAACAUUUAGCUGCUCACAAUCACUAAACCUCAUUACCAUCACAAAUUGGACUAAAAUAAUUCUGAGUCUAAAAUUGUGUCCGGGUUUGUUGGACUGUUUUGCUUGUAGCUGUCUUGAGCACUGUGUUUCAAGAAAAUUAAACUUCAAAGAAAAUAUUACUUCACCUCUUCAUGAAAGCAAAUGUUACCGAUCUCCAAGUUGCUGAAUCAUUAUUCCACAAUAAUCUUCUGAAAAAUGCUUUGAGUGUGUCAAGUCAGAAUU